UUUUCUUCGUUUAAGAUAUAUCUUCCUUCUGGAUGCUAUUGCUAUUCAGUUCCGAACCCAGAAGCUGCUAUGAAUCGAGGUAAAACCAUUGGAUACGUAUAUGUUGGGCAAAGGCUGGCUGGAAGUUUCAAUCUUUUGGACGGUUGUCGAUAUGGGGUAGCUCAAGCUCUCAAGGAACUCAAGUCCUUAGGCAUAAAAACCGCAAUGCUCUCGGGAGAUAACCGAGCUGCUGCCAUGGAUGCUCAGGAACAGCUAGGGAAUGAACUUGACGCUGUUCAUCCAGAGCUUCUUCCAGAAGACAAGGCAAGAAUCAUCGACGAGUUCAAGAGCCAUGGACCGACAGCAAUGGUGGGCGACGGCCUAAAUGAGGCUCCGGCCAUAGCCAAAGCGGAUAUCGGAAUUGCGAUGGGGAUAUCCGGCUCGGCCCUUGCCACAGAGACAGGACACGCGGUUCUGAUGUCGAACGAUGUUAGAAAGAUCCCGAAAGCGAUAAGGCUGGCGAGGAGAUGCCAGAGGAAAGUGAUGGAGAAUGUGAUAUUGUCUGUGAGCAUAAAAGGAGGGAUCUUGGUUUUGGGUUUUGCAGGUUACCCUCUUGUCUGGUUAGCUGUUCUUGCAGAUGCCGGAACUUGUCUGGUCGUCAUCCUGAAUAGCAUGUUACUCCUACGGGACGAGCGAGAAGCCAUUAGCGGAUGUCAUCGUUCGGAGAAGACAACCUCUGAGUCUGUGUCUGAAUCGGUGAGAAUCGAGAAGGAAGAGGAUGAAAUCAGGGACCUUGAAGUUGGUUUGUUGAGCAAGGCAACCAAGGGGAGUUGCUGCUCUAGUUGCCGUGGGAAAAUUGUUUUAUUAUGUCCGAUCGGUAGAACAAAAAUUAACCAAUUUGACGUUCUUUCUUUUUCUUUCCCUUGGGAAAAUUGA